UACGCAUCUAAUUUAGAUCUAAGUCGGUCAUAAACUUGCCAUCAUUUUACUUUUACAUAUACCCCUUACUGCAAUAGAAUUUAGACAAGUUUAGCAUCCGAAAGUUAAUGUGCCAGCUCAUAAAGCUCUGCUGAUGCAUCCUCACAGAAGUAUUUCACCCUUUCCCUUUUUUGGUUUAAUUUCCUCGAACCCAAUUUCCAAAAACAGUGCAGUUCUCCAAAGAAUUUGUCGACAACAUGCCAAUACACCAUGAAACCUUGCUCCUGAAGUUACAUAUAUAAAUCAACCUUUCUCUAAGCCUCUAAAAACAAACCCAUUCAAAGGCAUAUAUUUUUAAACUUUUAAAAAAGCUAACUUUGAUCUUUCUGUACCAUAUAUCUUUUUCUAAAAGCAACCAAACAAUCCAUGAUGUCAAAAUAUUAUCUUGAAUAUAAGACCAUCAAGUUGCCAUACCAGUGUCUUAAUUACAUCAACAAAGAUCAUGGUCGAUGAUCCAAGGUUGAGUCAUCCAACAAAAGGGCCAAGAUUCACUUCCUAUUCAUCCCUUUAAACACUACCUCCUUAGAAUACAAAGGACUGAUCAAACAAAGAGAAUGCAGACCUCACUUCUUGAUCAGACCAUUCCUCUUCACCUACUGCUAGUCGUCCUUUAAACAAAACACAAACCUUAUUAAUCAUUCAACAUGCAGACCUCACUUCUUCAUCAUGAGCUAGUUGUUGGAACUCCAAUCAUCUCAGCAACAUAUGAUCAGUUUCAAAAGUCGGUUAACAGAUACUUACUUGAUCCUGCCACUCAUCAAUGUCAAUAUCCAACCAAACAGCAAAUUAAAAGUAGAACAAAUUUGAAAAACAAAAAGCUUGCCAGGAUGGCCGAUAGUCUCACACAAAGAGUCCAAGAACAUGUGAGACUGGGAGCAAACAUAUCUGAAACAAUAAAGAGGAAGUUGAGCUUAGGGGCUCGAAUUCUUCAAGUGGGUGGAGUGGAGAAAGUGUUUAUAAAGUAUUUUAGUGUGAGAGACGAGGAGAGGUUGUUGAAAGUUUCUCCAUGUUAUCUGUCCACCACAUCUGGUCCUCUAGCUGGUCUCCUCUUCAUCUCCACUGACAAGGUUGCCUUUUGCAGUGAGAGAUCAAUAAAAGUCUUCAAUCAGAAAGGACAAAUGUGUAGGAUCCACUAUAAGGUUGCCAUUCCACUGAAGAAGAUCAAGUGUGUGAGCCAAAGUCAAAAUGUUGAGAAGCCAACACAGAAGUACAUAAACAUAGUCACAGUGGACAAUUUUGAUUUCUGGUUAAUGGGUGUCUUAAAAUAUCAGAAAACUUUCAAAUAUCUAGAGCAGGCAAUUUCUCAAGCUUAGACGAAUAUCAAAAGUCCACCUUUUCAGCAUAACAUAAAUAGUCGAGGCUUGAAAGAAGCUUCAUGUUGCAAGGACAAACAUUAAGAUAAAGAGAUGAUAAACAACAAAAAAGGCUAUGAAAUGACAGAUUGGGCUCUGUCUUUGAAAAGAGGACUUGGUGGACAAAACAUCUUGUGGAAGUUUUGAAUUUUCACCCAAUACUGACCAGUGAUAACUGAUGCACAUGGUUCAUUCAUAUCAGCUGGGAUGUAAACUUGGCUGUCAACAUAUUGUUGAUAAAGUUGUGGAUGCAUGAGAUCAUUUGGCACGUGCUUUGUUACAAACCUCAAGCAGUGAAUGUUAAUGAUAUGGACCAUAUUGGCAGAAGGAAAAGUAAAUAGAGAAAGAUUAAAGAAAAUUGUUAAAAGUUUAAGUUUCAGGCUCAGUUACUUCAUAAUUUAUUAUGUGCGACGGCGACUUCCAUGGAUUUGCCACACUUGUCAAUGUUAAUGUUGCCAAUUGCAAAUCACGGAAAAUAACAAUUUAUUCAAAUUCCACUAUGCUACAAUGCUAGUGUUGUUAUAGCCCUUAUUUGACAACACCUUGAACUAAAUAGCAUAUCACAUAACAAUAGAAAUUUAAUUCAAAUUCAGCUACGUUAUAGCACUAUAGCACCGUUAUAUAUUUGUGUCAACGUAGUUUUUUAUUAUAAUAAUAUACAGUUAUAACAAUAAAAAAAACAAGAGUUUCUGAGAUUUCUCAUCUUGUGCUAACAUUGUAAAACAACAAAUCAAGCAGACACCAUUCCAUGAAAUAAAAAUUGGCCAUUUUGUUAUAAAACUUUAUGCCAAUAGCAAAAUAAAAGUAAUCCAAAAGAACAAAUGAUUCUACAACUAACAAAAA